CCGUCCGCGCCCACAUUUCUCGCCUUCUCAGCCCCCGUAGUGAGCCCGUUACGUAAGGCCGAGCGACGCGCCCGAGAGUGAUGACAUCAGAUGCGGCCCUGACGAGCCGCCGCCGCCAUGAACAGCGUUGGGGAAGCAUGCACGGACAUGAAGCGCGAGUACGACCAGUGCUUCAAUCGGUGGUUUGCUGAGAAGUUCCUCAAGGGGGACGGCUCUGGGGACCCGUGCACGGACCUCUUUAAGCGCUAUCAGCAGUGUGUUCAGAAAGCAAUAAAGGAGAAGGAGAUUCCUAUUGAAGGACUGGAGUUCAUGGGCCACAGCAAAGAAAAGCCUAAAAACUCUUCUUGACCUUGACAGUCACCUUGAAAAUGAACUCCUCAUAUCAGCAAAUUGAAGACUCUGGAUUUUGUCAAUUAAGACUGUGAAGAAAGCCAUUGAUUUGAUGAGGAGUUCAGGAGGGAGUUUUAUUCCUUCCUUCUUGAUGCUUUCCUCUCACUUGCUUCGAGGCAAUUUCUCACUUGCUCUGGCAUUACGGGAAUGGAAUGUGCUAAAGACGAUUUCUUGAGAUUAUGGCUGCAAUACUUAGUCUGGGAUCAGCUUUAAGUAGACUUUAUAUGUAAAUAACUAUAAAAUAGGAUGGUCAGGGUUGCCUGGCCUCUAGAGUUAUGCUGCAAAGGAUAUUAGGUAUACUGUCCUGGGGUCAUUGUUCAUGGAAUCUAUUGGUUAGCACUUCUCUCAGGAAGCUAAUGCUCUAGAAAGGACCCCAACAUGGGAGCAUAGUUUUAUUUUUGUAUAGUAACUUAACGGUUAAGAUCGCUGGUAGCUUGGGUUAGCCAAAAGGAAGACAGCUUUUAACAAACUUACAGCCUUGCCUUAAGAUUUGACAGCUUCAAGUGUUGCAGCAGACACUAUCUCAGAGCCUAUUACAGUGUAGUUCAGGAAUUUAGAUACUUGGCGUAGCUAUGGAGAAAGAUCCUAAGUUGCAAAGAUUUGCCAUUGCUGGCUUCCAGCCCAAGUCAAUGAAUUAAGUCAACCUGCGUUAUCAUAAAAAUGUCAAAAUGCUGCAUCUGGUUAAAUGGGAGGAAAAAAAGAGUUUGCUUUAUUUGCCUUCUUUACUUAUCUUGCCCUGUUAACAUCUGUAAUCAUGAAAAUGGAAUAAAUCAUAACAUUUAGUUUCUCA